GACAGUCUGUGUGCGUUCAGCACAGAGAAGAAUCCUUGGCCAGUCACACCUCUUAAGGGGAGGGCAGGACAUUACGUCACAUUAACCAACACUUCCCUGUAUGUGUUUCUAGAAAAUUAGAUGAAAUGGCACGAUCCUCUCUAGAGGGAUGAAUAAGAAUAAUCUUGUACCAGUCAAGUUUCUAACUGACUGGGACCCAAUUGAUGAGGGACAGUUUGGGUCUGUGUACAAAGCAAAGCAUAAUGGUUAUAGAGAAACUGUGGCAGUUAAAAAACUUAAAGGGAAUGUAUCACAGGGUCUCAAAGAACUUAUAUCGGAGGCAGAAAAGAUGGCUUCUGCCUCUAAUCCUUAUGUAAUCCGCCUAUAUGGCAUCUUGGAGGAUAAUGCAAAACCCCUUCCGGGUAUAGUGAUGGAAUAUAUGUCAUAUGGCAGUUUAUUCUCCCUAAUGGAGAAAGUUAAUCCCAUUCCUUGGCCCUUGAAAUUUCGCAUUAUUCAUCAAGUGACAUUAGGUAUGAACUGGCUGCAUAAUCUGCCCACUCCUCUACUACACCUGGACCUCAAAACAAAAAAUGUUCUAUUAACUGAGGAUCUUCAUAUAAAGAUCUCAGACUUUGGCUUGUCCAAGUAUACAAGAGGCACCUCCAAUUAUACACAUGAAGACUGUGAAGGGGUUGGAGGUACUCUGCAGUACAUGCCACCUGAAGCUUUUCAAGCAGGCUAUCAGCCAGGCCCAUCAACCGAUGUUUACAGUUUCGCCAUUUUAUCUGCAGUGGUGCUUAGAGGAGAAGAUCCUUAUCCUGUCGACAAAUCUAUCUUGAUACGUGAACUUGUUCCUCUUGGCCAGCGUCCAUGUCUUAAGGUACUGGAAAAUGAGAAGUCAGUUAAAUAUCUACAUGAGGCAGCUGAAUUUACCCAACGCUGCUGGGAUAAUGACAAGUUGAAGAGGCCUCUCUUCAAUGAAUGCUGUACCAACUGGGAGUGGUUUUUCUCUGCAUUUGCCCUGUAUGAAAUUAGACAAGCAGUAAGAGACGUACAGAAUAAAAUGGAUUCUUCUAUGCCUUCUGGUAAGACACCAAAUGCUUCAUAUACUGGAGACACGUCAUCUGUCAAUACUAAAGAUAUGUCGGAAAUGGUUCACAAAUUAGCCACUAUGAAUUUUUCUGAAAGACCACAUGUGUUACUGGAGUCUGUGCCUGUAAGGACCACUCCGAAUGGGCAAAGUCAGCAUGCAAGGGUUAAUCCAGAAACCUUAAAGCAAGGUCCCACACAAGGAGCUGUGGGAUCUAACUACAUACCUCAACCUACAUAUUACUCAGGGCAUGCAAUGAAUUUUCCAUAUGUGCCAAGUCAGCAUUCAGGGAUUCAUCUAAGAACACCGAUGGGAUCGCACAACAGACCUCAAUAUCCAGGUCCUCAUCCAUCCAUGUUUCAGAACUUUUCAGGAUAUCCCUUUGCACCAACACACUUUUACGUUCCUCAGCCUUUACAACCUAAUCCUGCUACAAUACAUAUUUCCAAUAGUAAAAAUUUUCAAAUUGGAGAUAACAGCAUCAUGAAUGUCACGGACAAUGGAGCAUACCAUAACAUGAGCACCAUAAGAAGUCGCUAUCCUACUUCAAUAAGCCCACAACAAAAACAGACUACUCGAGGCUAUUCCAACAUGCCAGCAAAAGGAGUUUCUUCUGCUCAGCCUUGCAAACAAGAGACUUCAAAUAAGAGUCAACAACAAUCCCACACCCAUCCAGUACAAACCAGAACUGAAGACAAUUCCAGUAAUGCAAACAACACACAAGUAUCUCAUGGCAACCAGUCUACCACAGAAGACCCCACAAUGAAAGAUCCAGGGCAAUGACUUUUUUCACUACUUUGGGAGAGAGGAGGUUGUUUUUUAACUUAAUGUUUAGUUUUAAAAAAUGUUAUGUGAUUUUAAAAAUGUAAAUACUGUGCUUAAAUGAAAAUGGUCCAUGUGAACUUAAAGGAAUCUCAUGUAUUUAAUUGAUUUAAGAAUGUAGACAAAAUGUGCUGUUGUUUGC